CUCUGAUUCAGAAACAUAUGGAUUUGCUUUCGAGUGAAACGCUCUUAAACCACAGACUGCCGCUGUUUCCAGGAGUCUACCUGUGCAAACACACAUUAGAUCAAGUUACAGGUUAGACUAAGUCUCCGCAAAGACCCAUCCUCCUCGGUGCCUCAGGUCUUUUCACCAAUACCUGGAAUAUUAUUUGAUGAAAGAGACGGCAUUUCAUGUGUUUGGACCCGCCCCGCGUGGGGAAAACUGUCCGUCUUUCCAACAAAACUCCGAUCAUCAGGGAGGGUUGAUGAUCGAGGAAAAUAAUGUCUUGUUUUAAAUGGUCUCCAAAAAGGACGGCGUCCGAGGAGAUCGUUUAUCAGGAGAACAAGAAGAGGGUGGCGCAGGAGAGUGGAAAGCGUCUCGGUUUGGAUGGAGAUCCAGAUCUGCAGUUCCUGCUGGUUGGCGGAGAGCUGAUCAAGGUCCGAUCGAACUCUUGGCAGAAGAACCGUUUCUACAAGCUGCAGGAAGACUGCAGGACCUUGUGGCAUGAAUCUAGCAAAGUGCACAAGAAAAAGCAGACCUACUCCAUUGACGACAUCGACUCAAUACGUAAAGGCCGUCAGUCUGAGGGGCUCAAGAAGCACACCAAUCCCAACGAUGAGGAGAAGUGCUUCUCCAUCAUCUUCAAGGGCAGCAAGAAGAACCUGGACUUGAUGGCUUCUUCUGCAGAGGAGGCCGACAGAUGGAUCAACAGUCUGGAGAAGAUCAUCAGCACCAUGCACAACCUGGACUACCAACAGAAGAGUGAACACUGGAUUAUUAGCUGCAUGAAAAAAGUGGACAAGAACAACGACAACAUGAUGAGCUUGAAGGAAGUGAAGGACUUUAUGAGACAAAUCAAUGUUGAGGUUGACGACGACUACGCAGCAGACCUCUUUAAAAAAUGUGACACGUCGAAUUCGGGGACCCUGGAAGGCUCGGAGAUCAAAGAAUUCUACAACUUGUUGACACAACGGGAAGAAAUCAAUGUGAUUUAUGAGAAAUGUGCUCAAACGGAGGGCCUGAUGAGUGCCAGAGACCUACUGAACUUCCUGCUGAACGAGCAAAGGGAGCAGGUGACCAUCGAGCACGCUCAGAAGCUGAUUGAGAAUUAUGAGGUGGACGCAGCCGCGAAACAGAGGAAAUGCAUGACCAAAGAUGGCUUCUUGAUGUACCUCCAGCAGGAGGAGUCGUCCAUCUUUAACCCAGCUCACAAAAAGGUCUACCAGGACAUGAGCCAGCCCCUCAACCAUUACUUCAUCUCGUCUUCUCACAACACCUACCUGAUGGAGGACCAGCUCAAAGGGCCCAGCAGCACAGAGGCCUACAUAAAAGCGCUUAUGAAGAGCUGCCGCUGCGUGGAGCUCGACUGCUGGGAUGGAUCCGACGGGGAACCUGUUAUCUAUCAUGGCCACACGCUCACAUCCAAAGUGCUCUUCAAAGACGUCAUCAGAGCCAUUAAGGAUUUCGCCUUCAAAAAAUCCCAGUAUCCAGUGAUUUUAUCCCUGGAGAACCACUGCACCUUGGAACAACAGAAGACCAUGACGCGUCACUUGACUUCCAUCCUGGGGGACGCUCUGCUCACUAAGCCUCUGGGCGACACCAUGCCCACUAACUUCCCCUCACCUGAGGAACUCAAGGGGAAGUUUAUUAUUAAAGGGAAACGACUGAACAAACUGGAUGCAUUCUUCUCCAAAAGCAACACCAUAGUGGAAGAGACUGUGUCUGAGGAGGAUGAGGCAGCAGAAUCCAAGGAGAAUGGUCAGAAAGCAAAAUCAAAGAAAACAAACAUGAAACUUGCCAAAGAGCUCUCUGACAUCGUCAUCUACUGCAAGAGUGUCCACUUUAACAGCUUUGAAGAUGCCAGAGACAAGCAGGCCUUCUAUGAAAUGUCAUCCUUCAAAGAGACUAAAGCCCUGCAGCUGGCUGAGACCUCACCCUCAGCCUUCAUCCAUCACAACAUGGAUAAACUGAGUAGGAUCUAUCCUGCUGGCUCCAGGACGGACUCCUCCAACUACAACCCGGUUCCCUUGUGGAAUGUGGGUUGCCAGAUUGUGGCGCUGAAUUUCCAGACUCCUAGCAAGGAGAUGCACAUAAACCAGGGCAGGUUCCUGCCGAAUGGGUUUUGCGGCUACAUUUUGAAACCUGAAUUCCUGAGGAGCCCGUCGUCUCAGUUCAAUCCCAACAACAAGACCUGGCCAAAUAAGAAGAUCUUCCAUGUCAUGGUGAUUUCAGCUCAGCAGCUACCCAAAAUCAAUAAGGAUAAAGCCAAGUCCAUCGUUGACCCUCUGGUGAGAAUUGAGAUAAGCGGAGUCCCAGCAGAUAACGCCAGCAAGGAAACGAAGUAUAUUACAAACAACGGCUUCAACCCUAUGUGGAACGAGAGGUUCCAGUUUACCAUCAAUGUUCCAGAGCUGGCCAUGGUGCGGUUUGUGGUGGAGGACUAUGACACAGCAUCCUAUAAUGAUCUGGUCGGACAUUACUGUUUGCCCCUCACAAGCAUUCAGACUGGAUAUCGCCAUGUCCCUCUGCUCACCAAGAGAAGUGACGUCAUCUCCUCAGCUGGACUGUUUGUGCAUCUCAUGCUGAUUGAUGCGUAAUUGUGUCAUCGAUGGAAGAUCUGUUUUUAAGAUCCUCAUUUUUGCAAACGAUUAUUAAUCGAUGCUGUCAUCUUUUGAAGCGAGCUAACCUUUAGUGGUCAAACAACAGUUUUUUCUUAGUAAAUGCCCAGUCUAAGAGCUUCUGCUACAUUAAAGUCCUACUCCGAUCAUGUUUGAUCUCUUGUUACAGCAUUCCCACUGGUCUUUGAUUAUGAUUACAAUAUUUUAGGGUAUUAUAAUAUUAUAGGAUAUAGUUUUCGUGGAAUUCAUCAGAAAUUCGCCUGUGCUCACCUCCCAUUAUCCCAUUGUUUGCACUCUCCCGCUAGCUUAUGGGCCCUCAAACCCUCAACCUAACAUUACACCUCUGGAAUUCCCUCCCUCCUGAUCUCCGUAACACAGAUUCUCUUCCAACUUUCAGAUCAAAACUCAUCUGUUUAUUUCUGCCUUCCCAUCCUGAUUCACUUUUGAUUUUUGUCUUUUAUAUUUAUUGUGCUUUAAUGUCUAUUUUUAAUCUUUGUAUUGUAAAGUGUCCUUGGGUUUCAUGAAAGGCGCUUUAAAUAAAAUGGAUUAUUAUUAUUAUUAUUAUUAUUAUUACAGGUGCAAGAAACGGCCUGCAAUAUUGGAGCUUUGCAUCAGAAUGGGGCUUUACAGUUUGCCAUUUUUUUCGUCAAAAUUUUGAAUGAAUACUCAAAAAAUAAUUUUAAGUUUAAUUUUCUUUAUACAAUUCCUCCAUUAUCAGAAAAAUCCCAUCAGAACAUGUUAAAAACAGCAAAAGCAUAAUUUUCAUUGGAGUGGGUCUUUAAAAUUGUUUUUAGUUUUAGCUCAUUACCUGGGAGAACAUUGAUAACUAAUGAGCGAUAAAAGACAAAGAUAUCCUAGUUGUGUUUUUUGUAGUGUAUUUAAUAUUUUCGGACCCUUUGAUUUUAAAUGUACUGUAAACCUUUCUCUAAAAAGAAAAGUGUUAUGUUAGUUUUUUAUUGAACAAGCCUUGAUUGAAAUUUUCUCUGCAUAAUGCCAUAUCUAUGUCGCCCUCAGGAGACACUAGUAAAUAUUUGUCUCAAGGGAAAAUGUGUCAAACGUUGAGGGGGUUGAGCAUUUUUGUUUGUGCUGUUUUAAAUGUAUUAUCUAAAGCUUUUUAACAGACUACAAUUAUUCAUUGUUUCUUGUUGACAUGGGGAACAAAUAUUAGAGCCAAGUUAAAGGAAAAUCCUUCUGUUUAUUCACCAUCGUCGGCUGUUUGACCACACCUUACAUCUUUGUAUUGACAACUCGCAGCUGCAUUUGCACUGGUUCUUGAAUAAAGAAUAUCUUCAAA